AUGUCUCCAAUUGUUGAUAUAAUAUUAACCGUGAUAGGAAGCAUCUCGCAAGUUUUCUUAUUAUCACUAGCAGGCUACAUUCUCGCCCGAAGAAAAAUCAUCACACCUAAUUCAAGAGCCAGCUUCAAUGAAGCUAACAAUUGCUUCUUCACUCCCGCAUUCGUGUUCCAAAAAAUCGCCUACAGUUUAACAACUGAUCAGCUCGUCAAACUUUAUGUUGUCGUAGUGGCCUUUGUUUUCAUCACAAUUGUUUCGGCUGUGCUAGCUUAUAUACCAGGUCGAAUAUUUCGAUUAGCAUCGUCUGAUCGAAAAUUCUGUAUCGCGGUUUCAAUGUUUAUGAAUAGCAACUCAUUGCCUAUAGCUAUUGCAACCAGCAUGUUAGCUGGCAUGGGAAGCACAGGUGGAUUUGAAUGGGGCCCGACGGACGAUCAAGACAAGCAAAUGGCUAGAACCUUGAGUUACUUUGUACUAUUUAGUAGCUUUGGAUUAGUUCUUCGCUGGAGUUAUGGAGUUAGACUGUUAGCGGUAUCAACUGAAGAAAAGAGAGUCAAGACUGAGGCGCCAAAAUCCCGACAGGCGUGGGGUUCUUUGAAAUUUUGCGGAACCAACAAAGACAAAGUCGAUUGUAAAAUGAAUCAUCACGUUCCUGAGGUCGGCUUACAUGUGGUUAUUGACAAUGAAAUACAAAUUAUCUCAUAUUGUCCGCCUGAUCCGAAACUCAAAGAUGGACAUGGAAAAUGGAAAACAUUGUCUUUGAAGAUAAUUAAUAUUAUCGUUACCCCAGCGAAGAUCAUUCAUCGAUUCAUGACUCCCACCUUAUACUCUACUAUCCUCUCCUUUCUGGUCGUGUGCAUACCACCAUUGCAAACCGCCUUGAUGGGGUUCAAACCUCUACGAGGUGCAUUCAACUUUGCCGGAAAUGUGGCUGUGCCACUGACACUUGUGGUCUUAGGUGCUUACUUUAAUAAAGAACGACCUAGUGAGAAGCAAUGUGAAAUUAAGAAAUCAGCAACAGUCGGAGCAGAAAAGUCAGAAGAUUCUGCAGAGCAGACUUCAGACCCUUCACUCGAGUCACAAAUCCCUGAACGAACUUCCAAGGUCUCUGAACCAACUUCCAAGGUCUCUGACCGUACCAUCAUGAUCAUUGCAAUCGUUGCUCGUCAAUUCCUUGCGCCUCUCGUUUUCAUCCCACUUCUUUACUUCAUUCCAAGAGCCCUUCCACCACCUUUGAGAGAAGACAUGAACGGAAAUGUUCUGGACGACCCUUGUUUUAUUCUAGUGAUGGCUUUACUCAUUGGAGCACCUCCAGCAAUUACCUUGGUACAGAUGACUAAUACAAAUCGAUUCCCCGUGGGAUCACUUGCUCAUGUUCGUAUGUUUUUGUCACACCGAUAG